CACAGUGUGUAAUGUAUUAUUAGAGUGAUGGCUUACACAAAUGACAGUUCUAAUAGAAGUUAUUAAAAAAUGUAAAAUGAUAAAACUGUGUUUCUGUACUUUAUGUAGUGCACUAUGAACACUACAGAAAACCAUUUGGGAUUGAACCAUUAUCCGGCAUUGAUGGACAUUGUAAACGCAUUGAUCCCUGUGUCUUCACACAUCAUUCUGUUGCUCUCAGCUCUAUCUGCUGCUCUUCACCUGUUCAGGGACCACCGAGCUCCAUCAGUGGGUUUUUUCUUCAUUGCGAGUUCUUCAUUUCUGGCUAUUAUCCCUCUACCCCAAACUCUGUCUCAGGUUCAGAGAGAUCUAGAAUGGGCAGGGGAGAUACUGGGCCCAUCUCUGUCUGCCUUUGGCUUUUUAUGGCUCAGUGAAGAUCGCUGGACCGCCCACGUACUCCUGAUAGGUUCAGCGCUUUUGCCGAUGCUCUCCGAUUGGCUGUCAGAGGACAGCUUGGUGAUCAUGACACGCUGUGCGUCCUUAUCAGCACUCUCAUGUGCUCUGACAGUGUGUCUGUUUGCUGCCAGUGGAACUGGUGUGGUGAGCAGCGUGGCCCUCAGUCUUCCUGCUCUUGUGGCCCCUAAGGUUAGAGCCAGCAGUGUGGUCACUCUGAUGUCUUCACAGGGUGCCAGAGGGCUGCUGGAUUGGAGCCUGAAAGUCAUCAUGGCUGUAGGGUGCUGGAUAACAAAGAGAGCUUUAGAUACAUUACUUCAGGACUUAAAGGCCUGGGACUGAUCCUUGAGAGUUACCACAGACAGAAGAAUGCUACUUAAAAGUGAUUUUCUUUUACUUUACGGUGAGACUCCACAGUGUGGUGCUGUUGCUUUAUACCUCACAGGAAACAACGCGUUUGCUGGCCAGCAGCAGUGAGGUGAUGACAGAAAUGUGCUUCUUGCAUUGCCUACUUUAAACUUACAAUGCAGUGAGAGCAAAGUUUGUCACAUGGCACCUCUUUCAUAAAAUGCUUAUAUUGUAUUCAGAUGUUUUAAGAUACCAUUUAGUCAUAUUAAGUCUGGAUUAAGAAGUAUUUAAAUAACUGCAAAUAAUCGAUGAUACAUUUACAAGUCAUUCUCACAUUUUUUCAUUACACUUUUAAGUGCCUUAAUGUAAGCAUUUAAACCUUUUCAUCAGUCACUGUUAUCUAUGGCAGUAUCUCAAAUUAGGACUAAUGUGUUAGUAUAGUAUAUGUGACUGAGAAUAAAUAGUGUACACAUUGCCUUUUGGGAUUGUUCUAGAAAGCAGAAUGACUUCUAUUCAGCUCUGCAAGGUUCUUCAGCACAACAGCUUCCAUUACACGAAAAGAAAUCAUCUGACUAUCUAUCAGUAACUUUCAGCCAAUUUAGAGAAGAAAAAAUAAUCCUACGUGUUUUGCAAGAAAACACUUCUCUCACUGUAUUAUAAUACCCAACUCUUUAACUAGCCAAUGAUUAUUCUAUCACAGUCUUUCGCUCUCUGGUUGGCUGCGCUCCCAGUCUGUCAUUCUGUAGUAUCACUUCUUUCAUGCCUGAUAACUUGAUGUGUCCCAGCUGACGUCCAUAUACUAAUUUUCCGCUAAUCGUGACCCUCUAUCGAAGUACUGUCACAAGAGUGUCAAAAUUAUUCCUAACAAAAGAUAAAGCAUGUAUUGUAGCUGUAAGUAAAAAAGUAGAAGACCUGAUCUGGAAUUUGUGUUGACAGUUUACCAGUCUUGAGGAAUCCUCAUAUAAUAUUAUGUAAUAUUUUUUUAUCACAUUAUGAAUAAAUAAAUUCUUUCCGUCUCUA